AUGCAAUUAAAAUCUCAACUUCAAAAUCUUUCUAAAGGCAAUUUCUCCAUCCUAGAGUACUUUGAGAAGAAACGCGCAAUUGUCCAUUCUCUAGCAGAAAGCUUGUACUUUGUACAGGAUGAUGACUUCAUCUCAUUCAUUCUUAAUGGACUUGAUUCUUCGUUUGGAAUUUUCAAGGCUGCGCUUAAUAUGCGUUCUGGUACUAUCACUCCUGAAGAACUGUUUGGCCUUCUUCUUCAAGAAGAAGAACGCUUAGCCGAAGAACUUCGUUCUACCACUAUUAAUAGCGUUGCUCCUUCUCAUGCACUGUUAACACACAAUUCAUCCUUUCUUCACCCCGCUCCACCCCUUAACAUAAACCAAUCAUCCAUUCUUGGCCCUCCCCCACUCUCUAAUUACCUUGCUCAUAAUUCUCAUAAUCAUGCUCAAUCUAUGGUACCUCAACAAUAUUCCCUUUCCUCUCGAUCCAAUAAUCGUCAGUCCAAACGAUGCAUGCAAUGUCAAAUAUGUGGUAAAAAUAAUCAUGAUGCUCGAAAUUGCUAUAAUCGCUCUAAUGAAAAAGAUUUUCCACCAACAAGGCAAACACUGUCACGAUCAAUUCCCAAGCAAGCACAUCUUGCUUCUCCUUCAGCUAUUGUUAAUCAUGCGGCCUGGAUUAAGAGCAAAGUCGAUGGAUCAAUUGAAUGUCACAAAGCUCGUCUUGAAGCUAAAGGUUUUCACCAAGAUGAGGGUGUUGAUUACUUUGAUACUUUCAGUCCCGUCGUUAAGCCCACAACUGUUCGACUAAUCUUGUCUUUGGCUAUGACAAACAAGUGGUAUGUUCAGCAACUUGACAUCAACAAUGUGUUCUUAAAUGGUGAUCUCUCUGAGCAACAAGCUUCUAAGCAUACAACAUAUGUUCUUGUCUAUGUGGAUGACCUCAUUAUAACUGGUAGUGAUAGUGAUUUCAUCACUACAUUUAUUUACAUUCUUGAUCAGCAAUUCUCUCUCAAAGAUCUUGGUUCUUUAAAUUAUUUUCUUGGUAUUGAAGUCUCUCCAUCAUCAAAUGGGAUCAUUUUAUCUCAAAGCAGGUAUAUUCGUGACUUACUUUGUCGAACAAACAUGGCUGAUGCUAAGCCUAUUUCUAGUCUAACUGAACCUGGAUAG